AUGGAUAUUUUAGAUUGCGCAAGAAUUAUAUUAGACAGAGUUCUGAAAUUUGAUCCCGAGAAUGCUCGAAAGGUAGUGGGUUAUCUCCUUAUGCAAAAUCUCAGUGAACCAGAAAUGGCUAGAUUGGUAUCUUGCCCGGACCAGAUUAUGGCCGAAGUUGUACUUAACGCCAAAAUUCAAAUGUUGGCUGUAACUUCAGCCAUGACUUCGCCGUCACCGAAUGUAGCUCCUCCCCGAGGUUUAGCCUAUUUUCCAGGUUUCUCUCCAUCUUCACCACCACCACCACCAACACCACGGAACUUUCAGGGUCCGUCUACCUAUUGGGAUCUACAGUCUUCGGCUAGCAAUGAAAAUCAAGAAUUUAUGGGAGUGAGUUAUCUGGAUUCGGUCACGGAGCUUCAGAAACAAGCACAGAUGUUGAGCUUGGAGAAUCAUUUAGAUCAUGUGAAUACCAGACCUAGAGGUGUUUUCGUCAAUGAUUACAACAAUGGUUUUGAUUCUUCUGUUGUCAAUUUCGGUGGAAGAUCUGCGAAAAGGUUUUCGAAUUCGAACCAGUCUGAAUUUCCAGUCAAGAUCUGUCAUUAUUUCAGUAAAGGAUACUGUCGGCAUGGAGGUAAUUGUCGAUAUUUUCAUGGUCAAGUUCCUCACGAGAGUUUAUCUUCUCAAAUACAUAUGCAUGGAAAUGGUGAUAACGAGGAUCAGGUGAUUUCACCGCGUUCGUUAGCUCAGAUAGAGUCUGAAAUUAUUGAGCUUCUUAAGCAGAAAAGAGGUAAUCCAAUGUCAAUUGCUUCGCUGCCGAUGGCAUACUUUGAGAGAUACAAAAAGGCAUUGCAAGCUCAGGGCUAUUUAACUGAGAGUCAGCGACAUGGUAAGUCUGGUUAUAGUUUGACAAGGCUUCUUGCGCGGCUGAAUGGUAUUCGGCUAAUCGACAGGCCUCAUGGACAGCAUGCGGUUAUUUUGGCGGAAGAUGCCCCGAAAUACAUUCAAACCAGAGAUUUAGUUCAAAAUAUCAGUGCUUCUCGACAAAUAUAUAUGACUUUUCCAGCUGACAGCACUUUCUCCGAAGAUGAUGUCGCGAGCUAUUUCAACGAAAUUGGACCUGUUGAUGAUGUUAGGAUUCCAUGUCAACACAAAAGAAUGUUUGGGUUUGUAACAUUUGCUCAUCCCGAAACCGUUAGAAUCAUCUUGGAAAAGGGAAAUCCCCAUUUUGUUCGCGGCUCUCGGGUGCUUGUGAAACCUUACAGAGAGAACACAAGAAGAUAUCAAGAUAGAGUGGAGCACUUUCCUUGUUGUCCACGUUACUAUACAAAUAUGGAUUCUGAAUUUGACUUGAUUCAAAGAGAACUCGGUCCAAGAGAACUCGGAAAACAUAGGUCGAUGAUGAGGAGGCAGCGUAUGGAAGAGGCGCAAGCUUUUGAACAUCACAAGAGAAGUCUUGAGCAGCUGCAGCUUUCUCAAAGAGUUUUGCCCGUUUCAGGUUUUUCUGCGGACGGGUUUAGAGUUCCAGAUGAUCGAUUCAAUUUCCAGCCUUCAGAAGUUCUGAACUAUACCUUGAAUGACGUAUCCAAGGUUGCAGAAACCGAUUCCUCUGAAGGAAGCAACGAAGUACACGUGCCCCAUCCCCCGAAAGUACCCCAUUUCCCGGACGAGUUUCCGAUUGAAAAUAAUAAUUAA